CCAAAACCUUGCCCAGUUUUUAGUGAAGAGAAAAGAAGACAGACCGACUUGCCAAUUAAAAAGGAUUUAAUGUCUACUUUUCGACCGCCUUUAUCGCGUUCCGGCAGCAGUCUUGGCCGCGUCACUGGCCAACCUGCGCCUCCCGUUACCUUCGCGCCUUUGCAAUCCGGGGAUUCUCCCCAAGAUGCAGUGUUGGAAAUGAACGACGGUACCGCAUAUCGCGGUAUCAGUUUCGGUGCGGAAGCGGUAAGCGUUGCUGGAGAAUGCGUUUUCCAAACCGGUAUGGUCGGGUACACGGAGUCCUUGACCGAUCCCUCUUACGAGGGUCAAAUACUCGUCUUAACAUAUCCCCUCAUUGGAAAUUACGGUGUUCCUCAGCGCCCCGCGUCUUCAGAUGAACUAUCAUCCGAAUUUGAAUCGUCACGAAUCCAUAUCGCGGCGCUGGUUGUCGGUUCUUAUACGGACGAUUACAGCCAUUUUUUGGCACAUUCUUCUCUUGGGGCUUGGCUGAAGGAGAAUAAUGUGCCCGCCAUAUACGGUAUUGACACUCGUGCCCUCACCAAAAAGAUUCGCGAGCAAGGCUCCAUGCUAGCAAAAAUAUUAGCACGUAAGCCAGAGGCUCCCCGAGGACGUUUACCAUAUCUUCUGCCAGAAUCUCUGUCUCUGCCUGCGUCUCGCGCGUCGUCCCCACCUUCGUCCUGGCGCGACGAAUACAUUGACAUCCCUUUCCGCGAUCCAAAUCAGUAUGACCUAGUAACUGCGGUGUCAAUCAGACAUCCGCGAGUGUAUACACCGUCCGGGGAACCGCGCAGACACCCCUCUGGGCGUCUACUUCGUGUGCUAGCAGUGGACGUCGGGAUGAAGUACAAUCAAAUCAGAUGCAUCACUGCCCGUGGGGUAGAAUUAAAAGUCGUUCCAUGGGAUCACGAUUUUCUGAACGACGCUGAGCCGUAUGACGGGCUUUUCAUUUCCAAUGGUCCUGGCGACCCAACUAGGCUCACCGUAACGGUCGAGAGACUCAAGAAAGCCCUGGAAAAAGCAGAUCGUCCUGUCUUUGGAAUCUGUCUUGGGCAUCAGCUGCUUGCUCUCGCAGCUGGAGCGAAAACCUCAAAAAUGAAGUAUGGUAACCGUGGCCAUAACAUACCUUGCACAGAUGCCUUGUCUGGCAGAUGCUACAUCACCAGUCAAAAUCACGGCUAUCAGGUCGAUGCUGAAACUCUACCAUUCGACUGGAAAGAGCUAUUCCAAAAUGCGAAUGAUGGCAGCAACGAAGGCAUAUACUGUGAAACGAAGCCAUUUUUCUCCGUACAGUUCCAUCCCGAGUCAACACCUGGGCCUCGCGAUACUGAGUUCCUUUUUGACGCUUUCAUCCAGAACAUCGUCGAUUGCAUCGCGACGAACACCUUGUCACCGAUAUCUCUUCCAGGGGGACGAAAAGAAGACAACGAUAGGCUGUCACCUCGUAUCAACGUUCAAAAAGUGCUUAUCUUGGGAUCUGGAGGGCUUUCCAUUGGCCAAGCUGGUGAAUUCGACUAUUCGGGUUCUCAAGCAAUCAAAGCGCUAAAGGAGGAAGGUAUAUACACCAUCCUUCUCAAUCCGAAUAUUGCGACCAUCGCAACCUCCAAGGGCCUUGCCGACAAGGUGUAUUUCUUGCCUGUUACGCCUGACUUCGUGCGCAAGAUUAUCAAGUACGAGAAACCUGACGGAAUUUAUGUCACGUUCGGUGGUCAAACAGCUCUCAACGUCGGCAUAAAGCUCAAGGAUGAAUUCGCUGGGCUCGGCGUGAAGGUGCUCGGGACUCCGAUUGAAACCAUCAUCACGACGGAGGAUCGGCAGCUAUUCGCACGAGCGAUGGAGAAUAUUGGCGAGCGCUGUGCGCAGUCGAGCACCGCGACUACGACAGAAGAAGCAAUUGGUGCAGCUCGUGAAAUUGGAUUCCCGGUCAUAGUACGCGCUGCUUAUGCGCUAGGUGGUUUGGGCUCUGGCUUCGCGCAAGACGAAGAUCAGUUACGUGCCUUAUGCAGCAAAGCGUUUGCAACAAGUCCCCAAGUGCUGGUCGAGAAAAGUAUGAAAGGGUGGAAGGAGAUCGAGUAUGAAGUCGUUCGUGAUUGUCGGGACAACUGCAUCACGGUUUGCAAUAUGGAGAACUUCGAUCCUCUCGGUAUUCAUACGGGUGACUCCAUUGUAGUCGCACCCUCUCAAACUCUUUCGGACGCUGAUUAUAACAUGCUACGGACGACUGCGAUCAAUGUAAUCAGACAUCUGGGCGUAAUAGGCGAAUGCAAUAUUCAAUAUGCCCUGAAUCCAUUCUCGAAGGAGUACUGCAUCAUCGAGGUCAACGCGCGUCUGUCGAGAUCGUCUGCGUUAGCUUCGAAAGCGACUGGCUACCCUCUAGCAUUCAUCGCUGCGAAACUAGGUUUAGGCGUGCCUCUCAAUGAGAUCAAAAAUACCGUAACCAAAGUAACGAGCGCAUGCUUUGAACCCAGUCUGGAUUAUGUCGUCGUCAAGAUCCCGCGAUGGGAUCUCAAGAAGUUCAAUCGAGUUAGCCGACUGCUGAGCAGUAGCAUGAAGAGUGUUGGUGAAGUCAUGAGUAUCGGUAGAACCUUCGAGGAAACUAUCCAGAAAGCCAUUCGUGCCAUUGAUGACCAGUUCCUCGGCUUUGCCAAGAAUGACUAUGUGGAGGACAUCGACGAGGAGCUUUGCAACCCCACGGACAAGCGAAUUUUCGCAAUAUCUACGGCCUUCCAUUUGGGAUAUUCUGUUGAAAAGAUCUGGCAGAUGUCCAAUAUUGACAAGUGGUUCCUCUGGAAGCUGCAGAACAUUCAUGAAAUGGAAAAGGACUUGAUGCAGCGCACCAUCUCGUCGAUUGAUAGCGAAACACUGCUGCGGGCGAAGCAACUAGGAUUUUCCGACCGGCUUCUCGCCAGCUGCAUGGGGUCAACGGAGCUUGCUGUCCGUCGCCUUCGCCAGGAAGCGUUUAUCUCUCCUUUCGUCAAGCAGAUCGAUACGGUGGCCGCAGAGUUCCCUGCAUUCACGAACUACCUCUACACCACGUAUAAUGCCAUCGAGCACGACAUUUCGUUCGAUGACCGAGGAAUUAUGGUACUGGGAUCCGGCGUUUAUCGCAUCGGCUCCUCUGUCGAAUUCGACUGGUGCGCUGUGCGGGCCAUCAGGACUUUGCGGGAGCAAGGCCUCCCGACGAUUAUGGUUAACUAUAACCCUGAGACCGUCAGCACCGACUACGAUGAGGCAGAUCGCCUAUACUUUGAGAACAUCAGUCUGGAAACAAUACUCGAUAUAUACGAGACCGAACGGUCCAGAGGGGUCAUACUGUCCAUGGGUGGACAAACGCCGAACAACAUCGCGCUCCCGUUGUAUCGCCAGAACGUGAAAAUAUACGGCACGUCCCCGGAGAUGAUUGAUACUGCCGAGAACAGGUUCAAAUUUUCCCGUCUGUUGGACGAAAUUGGUGUGGAUCAGCCCAAAUGGAAGGAGCUGACCAGCUUCAAGGAGGCGCUGGCCUUCUGCGAUUCCGUAGGUUACCCGGUGCUCGUGCGUCCGUCGUACGUGCUCUCUGGCGCGGCGAUGAAUGUCGUAUCUACUGGUGACGACCUGUCGAACUACCUGACUCAGGCCACCGCUGUUUCGCGCGAUCACCCUGUCGUGAUUUCCAAGUACAUUGAACAAGCGAAGGAAAUCGAGAUGGAUGCAGUUGCAAAGGAUGGCCAAAUGGUCAUGCAGUUCAUCUCGGAACACGUGGAAAAUGCAGGAGUGCACUCCGGUGACGCUACUCUAAUCCACCCUCCCCAAGAUCUGGACCCAGCCACUGUCCGACAAAUCGAAGAAGCAACCGCGAGGAUUGCAAACGCGCUAAACGUUACUGGUCCCUUCAAUAUUCAGUUCAUUGCCAAAAACAAUGAAAUUAAAGUUAUCGAAUGCAACCUUCGAGCCGCACGAUCCUUCCCCUUCGUCUCAAAAGUCACUGGGAUCGACGCAAUCGAGAUGGCGACCAAGGUGAUACUUGGUAUACCUGUUGAUUCUUAUCCAGACCCCAGUCUUCCACCCGAUUAUGUCGGUGUCAAAGUCCCGCAAUUUAGUUUCAGCCGGCUGUCUGGUGCGGAUCCCGUGCUCGGUGUGGAAAUGGCUUCGACCGGCGAGGUGGCUUGUUUCGGCCGCGACAAAUAUGAAGCUUACCUGAAGGCGUUGAUAUCGACUGGCAUCGUCCUUCCGCAAAAGAAUAUACUUUUCUCCGUUGGCAGCUAUCGGGAGAAGCUGGAGAUCCUUCCAUCCGUGCAGAAGUUACGCGCAGCUGGGUACAAUAUCUUCGCAACCUCAGGAACUGCAGACUUCUUGACGGAACACAACGUACCUUGCAAGUAUUUGGAGACACUUCCAGAAGGCAGCAGUGACAUGGCGAAGUCGGAGUACUCCCUCACCCAGCAUCUGGCGAAUAAUUUGAUCGACAUGUACAUCAAUUUGCCUUAUCUGAGUAAAGGGUACCGCACGAGGAGGAUGGCAGUUGACUUUGCCAUUCCAUUGAUUACCAACGUCAAGUGUGCCAAGAUUUUAGUGGAAGCGUUGGUUCGCAAGCUACCCCUUGACGUGUCGAACGUCGACUGCAAAAGCUCGUACCCGACACACACAUUACCAGGCCUCGUCAAUGUCUCUGCAUUCGUUCCCAGAUUUACGGAAGAUGACCUUAUCCAAGCGACGCAGGCGUCAAUUAGUAGCGGGUUCACCACGUCCCUAAUCCUCCCCAACGGUUUAGACGAGGCGAUCAUAGACGACGCCUCCUUAAAGCGAGUGCAAGGCGUCGCUGAAAACCACGCCUAUUGCAACUAUGCACUUAGCGUCGCAACAACCGAUCCUAAUACCCCAUCUCUGACUGAUGAGGGUAAAGCUGAGGUCAAGGCACUAUUCAUACCCUUCCAUGACCCCAUAAUUGCGCCCCAAAUAUCCGCAACAGCUACCCAUUUUGCUACGUGGGUCGCCGAAAAGAUGAUCGUCACCAAUGCUAGGGGUUCUAACCUCGCAUCCCUGCUGCUACUUGCCAGUCUCCACAAUCGUAAUAUCCAUAUCACUGACGUCAGGAACAAAGAAGACCUUCUCUUAAUAUCCCUAAGCAAGGCAAGGAAGCUCAAGAUCACCUGCGACGUGUCGGUGUACACGAUGUUCUUCACACAAGAACAGUACCCCCAGUCGACCAUGCUACCGUCUGCACAGGAGCAGGAGUACCUCUGGAGUAAACUUGAUGUCAUUGAUGCUUUCUCCGUGGGCUCUCUUCCUUACCACCUUGCGACUGAGGUCGGAGAACGUCCAGCGCUACCCUUGCUUCUUUCGGCAGUCGCUGCUGGCCGUCUUACGAUUGAGGAUGUGAGGGUCCGCUUGCACGACAAUCCCAUACAUAUUUUCGGAUUGCCCGAACAGGCGAAUACACAUGUCGAGGUGGUAAUCGGGCGCCGCUACCAGUAUGCCUCCAGAGAUGGUCACUGGUCGCCACUAGACAAGCAAAUCAUGGCCGGUUCACUCCACCGGGUGGUCAUGCACGGCAAGACCGUAUUUUUGGACGGUGUGUUGUCCGCGCCGCCAAGUGGCAAGGACAUUUCUGCUGCAGUCAUCCUACAUCCAGCGGUAACGUCCCCUGUCGCGAAACCAGAACCCGUUCACCUACCGACAAAGAGUGCCGAAAGUCAUCCCCACCCUCUUCCAAGCCAUCCUCCGACGAUCUCCGCAGCUGCAGUAUCGCAUGGCCCCCACCCGGCAUUCCACCGUCGACAUAUCCUCUCAGUCAAACAAUUUAGCCAACGGGACAUGUACGAUCUCUUUUCGUUGGCACAUGAGAUGCGCCUACAGGUGGAGCGUAGUGGAACGCUGGACAUCCUCAAGGGUAAGGUUCUCUGUAAUCUUUUCUACGAACCCUCUACGCGAACAAGCGCCUCAUUCGACGCGGCUAUGAAGCGCUGUGGUGGUGACGUGAUCCAAGUCAAUGUCGACUCUUCUUCGGUUCUGAAAGGGGAAACACUGGCGGAUACGAUUAGGACAGUCUCUUGCUAUGCCGAUGCAACUGUAGUUCGGCACCCUGACGUAGGCAGCGCCCAACUAGCGGCGAAGUUUUCACCAGUUCCUGUGAUUAACGCGGGAGAUGGAAUCGGGGAACACCCAACUCAAGCUCUUUUGGAUGUGUACACGAUACGUUCUGAACUUGGAACAGUCAAUGGCCGCACAAUUACGCUGCUGGGUGACUUGAAGAAUGGGCGCACCGUUCAUAGCCUAGUAACGCUUCUUUGCCAUUACUCUGUGCGACUGAACUUCGUCUCGCCGCCCUCCUUGGCCAUGCCUGCCAGCGUCGUCGCAGUGGCACGAAAGGCAGGCAUCCCAGUCCGACAGCUAGAGUCCCUGGAAGAGGUUUUACCAGAUACCGAUGUGCUUUAUGUUACCCGGGUACAGAGGGAAAGGUUCCAGAACGAGGCUGAUUGGCAAAGAGUGAAGGACGCUUAUCGGGUGGACCAUGCGUUGUUGUCCAGGGCCAAAGAAGAUAUGAUAGUCAUGCAUCCCCUGCCCAGGGUCAAUGAAAUUGAUCCCGAGGUUGACUUCGAUUCUCGUCGCGCGGUUUAUUUCCGUCAGAUGCGAUAUGGGCUUUUCAUCCGGAUGGCUUUAUUAUAUAGUGUUUUAGGAUCUUUCUAGAGGUUGACAUACGGACACUUUUACUAGGUAAACAGCAGUCAGCGGGGGGAAUGCUUGAUGAACAAGGACUCACGGUAAUGAAGAUCGAUCAGUAUGUACUCAUCACAAGUUAUAUACACGACAAUACCAUGGCCACUGCUCGGUAGCGACUUCUCUUCAAGCCAUUAUUACCAAA